CAGAGUGCUGAAGGUUUUUUGUUUUAGAAGCCUGGGCAUUUUAAUGGGACCUCCCACUUCUACAAACACUUCUCUGCCACCCCCUUUUGAAUUCUUCCCCCAACGCGUGAGUCUCCAUAACGCAAUCAGCCUGCAGCUGAUUUGGGGUCUGGACUCCCAGGAGGCCAGGUCUUUGAGAGAGAAAGGGGCUGUGUACCUUUAAGGGGUUGGCCCUCCGGGAGCGCAAGGUUUGUUGAAAGCAGCUUCCUUUGGGGCCAUUCAGGAUCCCAGAUUCUUCUCCUACUUCAGACCUGGACAACCCGUGGCCUCAGCGUAUCGCAGUGGCCCCAAGCGUUUGAGUCCUCGAAGAGCCUGCUGGGGACGUUGCCGGAGGGCUCAGCCUCGUCCAAGACACCUAGGCACUGCCGCCAUCCUGGCCCAGAUGGGCCUGCUGUUCCUUGGCUUGCUGCUGUCACUUUCCUGCGUCUUGGGACUGCCAUUCUACAAUGGCUUCUACUAUUCCCAUGGCCCGCACGGCAGGACCCUGAGCAAUGGCUACGGGGAAGGUCUUUUCAAUGGAGUGAAGCUGGUGGUGGAGACAACUGAGAAGUCCCUGUUCAGUCACCGAGGAGCCACUGUGACCCUGCCCUGCCACUACCACUAUGAGCCGGCCCUGGCCUCCCCGAGACAUGUGCGUGUGAAGUGGUGGAGGAUGUCAGAGAACGGGUCCCCUGAGCAGGAUGUGCUGGUGGCCAUUGGGCCGAGGCACCGCUCCUUCGGGGGCUACCAAGGGCGCGUACAACUGCGGCAGGACACACAGCAGGAAGUCUCGCUGGAGCUCAGGGACCUGCGGUUGGAGGACUCUGGGCGCUACCGCUGCGAGGUCAUUGAUGGGCUCGAGGACGAGAGUGGCCUGGUAGAGCUGGAGCUUCGGGGCGUGGUUUUCCCCUACCAGUCCCCCGAAGGGCGCUACCAGCUCAAUUUCCACGAGGCCCAACAGGCUUGCCAGGAGCAGGACGCUGUGGUGGCUUCCUUUGAGCAGCUCUUCCGUGCCUGGGAGGAGGGCCUGGACUGGUGCAACGCCGGCUGGCUGCAGGACGCCUCUGUCCAGUACCCUAUAGCGCUGCCCCGGCACCCUUGCGGAGGCCUCGACUUGGCGCCAGGUGUUCGCAGCUACGGCCAGCGCCACCGCCGCCUGCAUCGCUAUGAUGUGUUCUGCUUCGCUGCUGCCCUCAAGGGGUGGGUGUACUACCUGGAGCACCCUGAGAAGUUAACACUGCCAGAGGCCAGGGAGGCCUGCCGGGAAGACGGCACACAGAUUGCUACGGUGGGCCAGCUCUUUGCUGCUUGGAAGUUCCGUGGCCUGGAUCGCUGUGAUGCUGGCUGGCUGGCGGAUGGAAGUGCCCGCUACCCCAUAGUUCACCCACGCCCCAACUGUGGGCCCCCCGAGCCGGGAGUACGGACAUUCGGCUUCCCAGACCCGCACUCCCGCUAUGGUGUCUACUGUUACCGCCAGCGUUAG